GGGUGGUCGUGAAAAAACUUUCUGUACCGUUUGGGUCGCGCUGUACUUAGAUAUCUAUUUGUCAAAGUGAAAUUCCGAGGUAGCAUCUAGCAGAUAGUCGUGUGCUUGUUGCGUUUCUUUCACCUCGGUCGCGCGGCAGGUUGUUGUCCUUGUGCGGUGCAACAAGCUGUUUUGUUGUUUUGCGCGCCGACGUUGCUCGGAUUGGACUUCGAGGGUAGCUUGAGCAACGGAGGAGCCGCAGCUACCUCUUCGCAGAAUGGUAAACCCAACAUUUCACUGCUGCAAGAGGACGAGGUACCGGGGGUCCCUGCCUACGGCGAUGCCGGUCCGAGCUCCACGUCGCGAGAGCUAGCCGGUACCAGUAGUCGAGAAGAUCGCGAUCUUGUUGUCAAUGUGCCUGCGACGACAGUAGAGGUCGACGAGCGCGUCAUCCUUAGCCGAGACGCCGAGUUCGACUUCUCUCCUCCGAUCGAUGAAGCAGACGCGGAGGAAGAUGAAAGCGCCAUGGCUGCGGCUGCCUCGGCGGCCCCUGGGGGUGGACGAGAGAAAACCGAAAGCAGUGAGCAAUCUCCUUCGUCCUUCGCCAAUAGAGCGACCGGCGGAGCGCUUGCCACUGCAAAUUUUGUUCCACCCGAUGGCGAUCGUCCGCCGGAGAGCAACGCCAGCAGUACCGAAGCCGUCGAAGAAGAGAACGAUGUGGGCGGGGCUGAAGUUGAGCGCCACUUGUUUUCAUCUACUUCGCCAGAGGGAGCGAAGACCCCGUCGGACACCGACCCUGCCCUCGAGUCGAUGAAACGAGAGUUGCGGGCUUCCAUGCUGCAAGACUUGAAGCGCGAACUGAAAGAGGAGGUGAGGAAGGAAAUGGCCGGGAAUGAUCUGCUUUACCGGGCGGAGAUUGAGAGGCUUUCUCGGGAGAGUGCAGCGCUUGCCCGGGAGAAUGCAGCGCUGAAAGCGAGAGCGGAGUCUUUUGAGGAGGAGACCUGGCGGGCGUUCCAGCGGGUUCGCUGGGGCGGGGCCGCAGUGUAUCACAUGCUUCGAUUUCUUCUGUGGGUUUUCAUCGGCACGGCGCGGAGCAACCAGCAGAUCACCUUUGUACUGCUCGCGUUCGGAUACGUAUUCGUCUUGAUGGGUACUGCCGCGCCGUGGUACUUGGUAAUGUUCGCUAGUGUAGAAACGCGCCGUCGCUACUUUUCGAGAAGCUCAGCAACUGACCGGAGCCGCGGACGAAUUGCCGAUUACCCGGCGGGGGACCACCUGCGGGCCGGGACAGAAGCGACGUUACAGUCGCAGGGAGUCGAAGGUGCGUCGUUGCUUGCGAUUGGCAAUGAAGUCGCCGAUGGUGGUGCGGGAGACGCUAUAAGCCAGGGGCGUGCGCAGGAAGAUCCUGUAGCCAAGAGUGCCGAAGUAUCCGGUGCCGAAACGUCCCCACCCCAGAGUUGUCAUGCAAAAUGACACCGCUAAAAAUGUUUCUCAUGCGCAACCCCAUGACGAACCAUCGCCAAUGCUCUCUGGUGUUUUUUCAUGCUGGAAACAGGAUAUCAUGGUUGAUUUGUAGGGGAUGCGAUUGCACUACGAGCUCAAACUUGUCUUGCGCAACAGGCAAAAGUUGCAACGCAAAGCCGCCAUAUUGACUCUGGGUUGAGGACGUUUUUGCAAAUAAUACGACUCCGAAGUCGGCGACAAGGCGGACGAGGAGGAGGAUUCAGACGACCCGCUUCCAAAUGAUUUCGCGCAGGCAGGGACUCUCUCCUGCGUGUGUCAGCGGGGCGAUUCCGCGGAGGGGCUAAUCUUUACGGUCUGUGUGGUGCUGUACAUGAUGAGCUCCUUACUUGCGGUGCCUUCAUUCGAGGCCUACCCGGCCUGGUGCAAGUGGCGAGACGUGGAUGUGCUGCUGCAGGGCAACCCGGGGCUCCCGCGCAUGCAAAACUGGAAGGAAGUGUCCGCUCGGGCGGUCUGGCACGUGUUUCCGAUUUUCUGCUUCGUGCUCGUGGCCACUUUGCCUUCGACCACCGAUGAGGCCGCAAAAAGCAGGGUUGCACGCGGAAUGCUUCUCACCUUUCUGCAUGGAGUAGGCGCAUUUCUGGGCGCGCUGACGCUCCUGAUCUUCGAAUCGGUACAAAUCUUCUGGGGCGAAAGCGUGCCGCUCAGUUACUUGUUCGUGAUUUUUAAUUCGCGGACACCUACCAACUUCAACUUCUGGUCCACUAAUGCGCAAGAUUCGUCCUCGUUCGGCGGUCCGGAUUUGAGGGAGCCCUACGUGUGGCACGGCGGCUGCAUCGACUACGAAGCGGAGCCCAUCCCCUGA